AUGUUUAAAAAAUUCGAAGACUCCAGCGUCUCCGGCGUCAUGCAGCUAAAGUCCAGCGUCCAGAAGGGCAUCAAGAACAAGUUGGUGGAGUCCUUUCCCAACCUGGAGGCGUACAUCGACGAGAUCAUCCCUAAGAAGGACACUCUUCGAGUUGUUAAGUGCCACGACCACGUAGAGGUGAUCAUCAACUCCAGCAGUGACUAUCUUUUCUUCAGACAACGAGACGGACCAUACAUGCCUUCACUUAGGCUAGUGCACAAAUACCCGUUCAUCUGUCCACUGAUGCAGGUAGACAAAGGAGCCAUUACAUUUGUCCUCUCAGGCGCCAACAUAAUGUGCCCUGGGCUUACCUCAAAGGGAGCCAUCAUGACGCCCAACCUGCCAGCUAACUCGGUUGUGACGGUAGUGGCCGAAGGCAAACAGAACGCACUUUCAGUUGGCUUGCUCAAGAUGUCAGUCGAUGAAAUUGCUAAAGUCAACAGAGGAAUUGCCAUUGAGAACGUCCACUUUCUCAAUGACGGCCUCUGGCGCUUGAAGCCCGUCAAGUGA